UCGUCGUCUUCCUCCUCGUCGUCACUCCUCUCCGAGAUGCUGAGCAGAUCGCGCACAAGGGGAGGAUCACCGCCGCCACGGGACAUCUGCCGGCCCACUGGCCAGAUUAGCGAUGCGCACUGCGACUACGAGACUGUCGAGUCCGUCCUCAACUCUCCUAACUUCUUCGACACGCUGGACCAGUUGAGAAAGGCACCCUACUUUCGGUACUACAAGGUGGACCUGUAUCGCGACUGCCCCUUUUGGGUCGAGAACGGGCUGUGUAUGAGCAAGGACUGCACAGUGCAAAAGACGGACGAGACCGAGAUUCCACAAGAGUACAGGAGCGCCCACCUGUCGCUGCUCAGCACUACGCCCGACGAGGAGGUACAUGGCGGCGGAGGCUCGAUGUCGUCCUCGUUGCAUGCAGCAGACCCAUCGCAUCUCAUGACGGACGCCGAUGCAUCGACUUGUACAUGCGCCGAAACGGACUUUUGCCACUGGGAAGACGAGGAGUGGUCACCCGAGAGCCAGUGGGUGAACCUGCUCGAGAAUCCCGAGAGAUUCACGGGCUAUGCUGGGCCAUCUGCCAACCGAGUGUGGCGGGCCAUCUACGAGGAGAAUUGCUUUGGCGUCGGCACCCUCUCGUCGUCGUCGUCUUCAUCGUCAUCGGCAUCCUCAUCGUCGGCCUCUUCCUCGUCGUGGCUGGAACCGCCACGGGAAAAGGGGAUGGGGCCUGGUGCGAGCGGAUACCUCCUGGGCAGCCUCGCCUCGCCCUUGGUCGAUGCAUCGUCGGAGCAAUGCCUCGAGAAGCGUGUCUUCUACCGCCUCAUCUCGGGCCUUCACGCCUCCAUCUCCAUCCACAUCUGCCACGAUCACCUGGACCAGCGCACGGGCAAGUGGGCGCCCAAUCUCGAGUGCUUCAUCUCGCGCAUCGCCCACCACGCCGAGCGGCUGGAGAACGUGUACUUUGACUACCUCGUCCUAGUUCGCGCCCUCGCCAAGCUUACAGAGAGGCUCUCUCCCGCGGAGGAGAGCCAGGGCCAGGGCCAGGGCCACACCACAAAGGCGACCGCGGCGACGCCCGCGGAGAUGGAGCGCGCCCUGCCGCUCCAGCUCGCCCGCGGCUUGCCCGACUCAUCGAUGGAUGAGUCGACGCCGCUACUCGCCUCGCUGCUCGCCCAGGCGUCGCAGUCGCCGCCGACGUUUGACGAGCAGGCCAUGUUUCACUCUGACGAGGCCGAUGACGAGGAUCUGCGCUACGAGUUCCGGCGCCGGUUCCGAAACGUGUCGCAGAUCAUGGACUGCGUCGGCUGCGACAAGUGCCGCCUGUGGGGCAAGCUCCAGGUGAAUGGCCUGGGCACGGCCCUCAAGAUUCUGUUUGGUGGCCGCCAUGCCGGGCUGGCCGAGGGGGCGCGUGGCACGUCCAACGACGGCAUGCUGCUCCAGCGCAGCGAGCUCGUCGCCCUCAUCAACACCGUGCAUAGAUUUGGAGAGAGCCUGCGGGCGGUAGAGACGUUUCGGGAAAUGUACCACGACGAGGUCAGUCGGCGGGAAAGAGAAGAGGAA